AUGACCAACAAGAAGAACAAGCAGCGCAAGAGGCCCGCCGCAUCAAGCGACGCCGCAGCUGGUAACGAGGGGUCCUCAAGCCCAAGCACUGAUGCAGGAGAUCUCAAUAGAAGUGGGCAAUCCCCUGAAGCUUCGACCAGUCCACUGUCACCGACGACUGAGCCUGCGCAGGAGGACCAUAUUGCGCUAGCAGAGAAGACGAAAGAACGGGGGAAUGUCGCGUUCAAAGAGAAGCGGUUUGCCGAAGCUGUCGAGCUGUACACAUCUGCGAUAGAUCUGAACCCGAAUGAGCCUGCAUACUUGACCAAUCGCGCAGCAUCGUAUAUGGCUAUGAAACGCUUCCGGCCAGCCUUGCAAGACUGUCAAGUUGCUCUUGCCUUGCAAUCAUCCACCCUCCCACCCCCCUCAAAAACUCUCAUACGAUUAGCGAAAUGCCAGCUUGCUCUUGGCUCUACGACCCGUCAUUUCCGGCAAAUAACGCAGCUUGAAUCACACUUGAAGACAUUUGAAAAGUCUCGUGCGGACAGCAAUUGGGGGAUGGCCCGACUGGCUUUGGACAAAUGCUUCCAGGGCAUUGAGGGCGAAGGGGGAGAAGUUCCAGCGGACUGGAGACUAUGGAAAACAGAGCUGGAGUUGGCACGGGGCGCAUUGGAGGUUGCGAGUGGGUCAGCGAAUGAUGCUCUUCGGUUAAACCCAAAUUCGCCGGAUAUCCUUGCAUUACGAGGAUUGAUACUAUUCAUCUCGGGGAAGCUGCCGCAGGCCCUACAGCACGUCCAGUCAGCUCUACGGUUAGAUCCCGACCAUCCACGAGCGCAGAAGCUGCGUAAACGUGUGAAGGAUAUUGAACGGCUGAAGGAAGAGGGCAACGUACUCUUUAAACAAGGCUCCCUCGAACCUGCGAUAGAAAAAUAUACUGAAGCUCUGGAGCGCAUCGGGGCCGCUGAUGAUGAGUGCAAAGGAGGCUAUAUCCGCGCCACUCUCCUUUCCAACCGAGCAACAACACUACUGAAGCUCGAGCGAUACCAAGAGGCCCUGGAGGAUACUAACGUAUCCAUCGAGCUCAAUGACUCUGCGUUUAAGGUAUACCGCACUCGUGCGCGGAUAAACCUUGGUCUUGAGGCAUUCGAAGAGGCCGUCCGAGAUUUCAAGCGGGCGAUAGAGCUCGCUAACACCGACGGACUUACCGGGCCGAGCGACGUCCGAUCACUGCAAAACGAGCUUCGGAAGGCAGAAGUCGCGCUUAAACAGAGCAAGACGAAGGACUACUACGGUAUUUUGGGUGUUAAGCGAGAUUGCACGGAGAUCGAGAUCAAGAAGGCCUACAGGAUGCAGAGCCUGAAACACCACCCCGACAAGGGAGGAGAUGAGGAGAAGUUCAAACUUGUCGUCGAAGCACACGCUGUGCUUUCAGACCCUCGUCGGCGUCAGCGGUACGAUAUGGGUGAAGACGAUGAGCCUUCCGGUGGCGAUCAAUUCAACGGCGGCUUCGCUCACAUGGACAUUUCCGAAUUGCUUGCCCAAUUUGGAGGCGGCGGCGGCGGCGGCGGAUUCCCUUCUGGCGGCUUCCAUAGUGGCCAUAGUCACGGCGGCGGUCGACAGCGGUACAGCCAGGGCUACCCGUUCUAG